AUGGUGUUCAAGUUCUUCGUUUUCGCUGCUGCCGCUACAAUGGUCCUCGGCUACCCUGGAUACGAUUCUGGCUACCAUUACGGUGGAGAGGAGCAAGGCCAUGAAGUGAGCUACGAGUCUGACUAUGGACACCUUGCCUCCGAGCGUGUCUCCCUCGACGGACACCACGAUUACGGACACGGACACCACGAAGACGAGCUCGUUGACUACUACGCUCCCCCUAAGUAUGCUUUCAAGUAUGGAGUUAACGACUUCCACACCGGUGAUGUUAAGUCCCAGCACGAGACCCGCGAUGGUGAUGUAGUCAAGGGCCAGUACUCCCUGGUGGAGCCCGAUGGUUCAGUCCGUACUGUUGACUACACCGCCGACAAACACAAUGGCUUCAACGCUGUCGUUCAUACCACAAAGGCUCUGCACGAUCAUCACGAUCACUACUUGGCUGUCUGCCUCGCCAUCGUUGGUGUUGCUGCUGCUUCCGUUGCUCCUCUGGCCCAUCCUGGUCUCGUCGUCAAGGCUUACGAUGGCCACUAUGCUGGAGACUACUACUCCCACCCACAGUACUCCUUCGACUAUGGAGUCCAUGACAGCCUCACCGGAGAUGUCAAGUCCCAGGCUGAGGUCCGUGAUGGAGAUGUCGUGAAGGGACAGUACUCCCUUGUUGAACCUGAUGGUUCCGUGCGCACCGUCGACUACCACGCUGAUGAUGUCAACGGCUUCAACGCUGUUGUGUCCAAGAGCGCCCCUGCCGUCCAUGCUGCCCCAGCUGUCGUUGCCCACGCUGCCCCAGCCGUCGUUGCCCACGCUCCUGCCCCAGUUGUGGCCCAUGCUGCCCCAGCUGUUGUUGCUCACGCCCCAGCCGUGACUGUGGCCCGUACCGCCGUUGCUGCUCCCCUCGCCUACUCUGGCUACUCCCACGGCUACCCCUACGCCCACGGUUAUGCCGCUCCCGCUCCUUUCCUGAGGUCGCACUACGCCGCUCCCUUCAACUACGGCUACGGAUACCACUACUAAGCUCUCCGUCCCCCACAAAAAAAAACACCCUUCAACCCCACCCGAAGCUGCCAUUUAAUAUUUAUUCCCGCGACCUUUCUCCCUCCAAAAACCUCCCUCAAUGUUUCUUGUGACUAACUCUAUCCCAAUUUUCCCUUCUAAAACCCAAACCUUCGAAUCUCAACUCAUCCCCUAAAUCGAACUAUAUAUAUUUUUUUAAUGUAAACAUUUUAUUUCCUGUUGUUUGUGUUCUUCAUGCGAUAGACCAAUGUGUCCACUGCCAAAAAAAAAGUGCCGAAUUAAAUCAUGUGUAAAGUCUUUGCGAUGUGUUAAAUGUCAGCUUUCAAUGUCACGAAGAAAAAAUGCGAAAUGGGAGAAAAAAUGCUCUAAACUGUUGGAAAAACAAAUAGCGGAAAACUUGUAAUUUACACUGUAUAAAUUUUUAUUAAAUGGAAACCGAAAUGGAGCAAUAAAUGAGCCAUUUUCACAAUUACAAA